AUGAGUCGAUUUGUUUUUAACAUAAUUGAAGACACCGCGGGUGAUACAGAUCUUUCCAACGCUGGACAACCUAAACCUGGAAAGGAUGGCAGUGAUGAAAAAAAUAAUCAAGGUAUGUCCGUCUUUAUUUUGGUUGGUUAUUUGAAUUUUUUCAAUUUUGAAUGUUUUUAACGUUCAUUGAAGACAAAAGCAAUCAAGGAACUUCUCCUAGUCCUGACCAAAUAAUCUUGAAUCUUCAAAGUCUUUCGUGGCUGUUUUCGAUGGUAUUUCUUCUUUAUAUUUUUUCUUUAUAUUUUAUAAUUUGCUUUCCACGGCAGGCGGCCGGAGGCGGCAUACUGUUUUGGUCGUGUUUCCACAUUUCCACAGCAUGACAUCAUAACGCUAAUAUGAGUUUUUUAUGUCAAAUUUAUUACCUUACUCUGUUUAAAAUUACCGCGUCAAAACCCCAUAUUUGUCACCGAUUUCACCGUUAGCUGUAGCCUAUCUGUAAUCAUGAAUGUUACUGCAUGCAAAUAAUCUUGAUUUGAAAAAAGAAACAAUUUAUUUUAACUGAAAUUUUUGACGCCAGAGCAACCAAUACUUUUGUUUUUAUUUUUAUUUAACCAUUGUGUAAUAUCAUGAGCGAAAAAAACAAUACACACACGACGAUGAACCAACCACUUUUUCAUAAAAAACAUGGAUAAUAGGGAGCUUAAGGAGGCUCCCUACAGUUGCGUGCGGGAUCUUCACGUAACUAUCCCACGCAACCGCAUGAUCAAAACAAAACAAAAUUUUCUUUUAAAAAAAAAAGCUAUUUCUGAAAGGUUUCUAAUGGGAAAAAGCGUUGAAUAAUACUUCGUUUUGAGUGCCAAAUUACUUGCGAGUCUAUACAGCAAUUCUACAUAUGAUACGAAUACCACUAGACCAAAAAAAGCUACGAAACAAUAUGUUUUAAUGUUUUAAUACAUUGUCAAGCAUAGACUUGUUAAACAAGAAUAACUGUAGGGAGCCACCUUAAGCAAGCGACGUUUUUGUCAACACGGACGUCAGAUUGCCGAGGGGGACUGGAUUAAAGACUGUGUUUGUGUCAGUUUGUAGUAAUCUUUUUUAAUAUUUUUCAUAGUUAUGUACGGUAUAUGCAUGUCUUCCUUGUAAAAUAGUUUAUUUAGUUCAGGACCUUUCUGAAAAUCACCUUGUGAGAAAGCUUCCUGAAAUUAAAUAUUAAUUAAAAAAAAAAAAAUCUUCAACCAUAGCCUAUCUGUGAAACUCAUUAGAAUAACAAUAUUUAACAGUUAUUCUACGAACUCGAGUCGAAUAUGAGCUGAUAGCCGAUGAGGCGCGUAUAUACACAAGGUCUGAAUUCACAGACUUUUUCGGAUAUUUUCGGAUGAAUUCACGGAUAUUUUCGGAUAUUUUCAAUAUUUUUCUAUUUUGUUUAUGUUUUUAUUUUCGCUCUUUCGGCCGAUUGUUUUUUCCAAAAUAUAUAUUUUUAACCAUUUUAAAUUUUAGAAAUUCAUUUCCUAACCUGUAAACAAUUUGUGGGAGUUUUUUUCAUUGUGUUUUUAAUCCUGAAAGGGCUAUAAAAAGCGAACAACUUGCCGUUUUCUCGUUCGCAAAACAUCAGAAAUUCAAUUUUGGCCGCCAUUUUGUUUUUCUGUACUAGCAGGAUAUGAGCUAAUAUCCUGCUAGUACAGAACCAAUCAGAUUGCAGAAUACCUCAUAUCCAGACCUUGUGUAUAUAAUAAAACUCAUUAUCUUUGUUAGUCAACGUUUAUUCAUAAAUCUAGUCCUUUCACCGUCACGUGUGUAUUGUAUUUUUACCAAAUCCGUCAAUAGCAAUUUGCAGUUUCCAUACUGUUCGAGUCACGGAUAGGUGACUUUCCUUAAAACAUUGUUAUUGGUUAGUUGGGCAAAAAUAAAAUACAAUACACACGUGAUGGUGAAGGACCAGAUUGAAUUGAUGAAUAAACGUUGACCAACAUAGAUAAUGAGUUAUAUUGUUAUUCUAAUGAGUUUCACAGCCAUCUUCCCUUCGAUAGGCUUAAGCUCACUUAUGAGGUCUAUUAUGUUUGCAUCGAGUUUCUUAUAACCUUAUUCUAUCGACUAUGAUGAAAUAAUUUCCACUGUAAUUUUCGUAUUUCUAGGGCCAAAACCUUUGAGCAGAACGCCAGACUCAAGUCAUUUUGCUGUCGUAUUUUUGGUCAUGAUCGCCCUGCUAUUUGGACUGUACGCCUUGUACCAUAACAGACAAAAGGUAGGCGAAUGGACUGAUUCUAUAGGGUUUCCACGGGCUUGGGAAAUCCUGGAAAGCCCUUGAAUUUGAAAAAAAUAAAUGCAGCUCUGCAUGGAAAGUACUUUAUAAAUUGGUGCAGGUCUUUGAAUUUCUUUCCAAUUGUGCUGAUAAUACUUGAACGUCAUUUAGACUAUUGAUUUUCUUAUUACAUGCUGGGGCUGGUUGUUUAAAGGUGGAUUAGCGCUAACCCUCGGUUAAAAUUUAACCAGCUGUUUUAGUUUGUAUUUCUACACGUAUGUUUAUUUCGAAACUUCAGAGAAGAGAACUAUCGAUCCAGACAAGAUCUCUGAAGAAAUAUUUCCAAAUUUAUAUAGACAAGCUGUUCUGCUAUUCUAUACCUCUGUAAACUAGAACAAUUAUAUGGUAUAGUAACUGGGCAUGUGAGUUGUGAAUUGGAUAUAAACAAACGUGGGUAAAUAACGUAAAUUUGAGUAUUCUGGAUCACUGGGGGUACAUUACCUUAUUCAUUGUAAGUUUUUUAUGUUAAAAUGUUUUGCAGUGUAACAUGCUGGCACAUAAUACAUCAUUUAGAUGAUAAUUUUUAUUGUUUUUCUACGUAGAUUAUAGCAGUUGUCGUCGAAGGUCGAUCUAUAAAUGGUCGUGGAGGUCGUGAACGAUAUAGGAAACUGGACAGUGAAUCCGGACUGGAACCUGAAGCGAGAAUAAAGAACAGUAAUGAAGUAUAUGUAUACUGAGUUGCCGUGACCCCCUCCCCCCGGAUAUAACUAAGAUCUUUGAAAAUACACCACACUACGCUGUGUAUAAGUCUCGCCAUUUGACCUUUAACUGAAUUGAGUAUUUCUUAUGUUGAGUAUUUCUUAUGUUGAAGACAAAAACCAAGGCUGUUUUACACUAUUAAAGUUUUUGUGAUCACAGUAGAAAUUUUGCAUAGCUAAUUUUUAAGUCUUGAAGGAUUUGCAAGAAAUGUUUGAAGAAACUGAUUCAUUGUUUGCUACCUGCCAGUAAGUUAUCUAGCAGAGAUUCCUUACAGAUUUCUCAAAACCAUUGUGAUCACAUAAACGUUUAUAGUGUAAAGCAGCCUUAAAACAGGGCUUUCAAGAUAGUUCAAAAUUUAAACUCAGAGUUCGUUUGUAGUUUAGGGUUAAUGUUAUGGUUGGGACUGAGUUUAGGGUAAGGAUUUUUCAGAUCAAUGUAACACGGUUCCCGUCACCACCUGCCCACAUACACACCGCCAUUUUUGGGUGGCUUUUCAGCCGAAGUCUGCAAGAUAAGUCAACAUAACAGCGACGUUUUAUAAUUUUUUGGACAAAUGAUGGUAAAUUUGCUUUGUAGAUAAAUGGUUAGUUUAUUUUGAAAAAUUGAUUAUCACGUUGUUUUAAUUGUCUGCAUUGCAGUUAACGAGAAUUAGAUGCCACCGUACCCAAAAAUGGCGGAUAUUCGUCAUCGUGAGAAAGGCUAAUUUAGUCUUUCUCACGCCGCCAUUUUUGGGGCACUGUAAUUUUUCGUAAACGAUUAAAACAAUGUGAAAAGCAAUAUUUCAGAACAAACUAACUAUUUACAGAGUAAAAUCACCAUCGUACACCCAUAAAAUUAUAAAAUGUCGCCGUUACGUCGUGUUACGCUUGCAGGAUUGGCAAAAAAGUACCCCCAAAAAAGCGGCGUGAGAAAGGCUAAUUAAAUUCAACGAUAGUGGGACGUAUGAAACAGGCCUAAAUUUAUAACAAAAUUAUUAUUUAAAGUUACUUUGAAAUGUAUUAAUAUUAUCCAGUACGAGUUUAGUUUUACAAUAGAUUUGAUAUAUCAUAUAAUUUAUAGAUGAUCAACAGUAAAUUUGUAUAAAUAGAUAAUAGAAAUUUUGCUUUUUUCUGAUUGUAAUUUGUUUCCUUCU